AUGUCAGAACUUGUCAAAAAUCCAAGCAUGAUGGAAAGAGCACAAGCUGAAAUAAGAAGGGUCUUUGAUGGUAAAGGUCAUGUAGAUGAAGCUAACCUCCAUGAACUUAAAUACUUAAAGUCAGUUAUCAAAGAAACCUUGCGUCUACAUAUUCCUGCUCCAUUUUUACUACCAAGGGAAUGCACUGAGAGAUGUGAAAUUAAAGGGUUUGAGAUACCAGCUAAGAGUAAGGUCAUUGUUAAUGCUUGGGCAAUUGCGAGGGAUCAAAAUUACUGGAUUGAAGCUGAGAAGUUUUGUCCAGAAAGGUUCCUUGAUAGCUCAGUUGAUUACAAAGGUUUAGAUUAUCAGUUUAUACCAUUUGGUGCUGGAAGGAGGAUGUGUUCUGGUGUUACAUUUGGCAUUGCUAAUGUUGAAAUCAUACUAGCAAAUUUGCUUUUCCACUUUGAUUGGAAGAUGCCUAAUGGAAAUAAGCCUGAAGAUUUAGACAUGACUGAAAUAUUUAGCUUGUCUCUAAGUAGAAAAUAUGAUCUGUAUCUGAUUCCUUAUAUGUAUCACUCCUCUGCCAAUUAUUACCACUGUAAAGUGAUUCUUGUUUAUGCUCCAGAAGAGUGGGUGCGUUACUGUUAG